UAAAGGCUGGCAUCAUGAAUUACGAUUUCAGUGAUAUUUUUGAUCUGAAAGUCGACGAAACCGAAUUAGAUUCCGAUAUCGGCCCUGGGUUGUCCGUGCCACAGGAUAGCCUCGACGACGUCUUCCCCUACUUCACAGACGAUUGGAUUCAACCAAUACCCGCACCGAAUACCGUAAUUCUUGAACGUGAUGACGAUGUUGAGUGCAAGGGUUCGCCCAAGUUUAGUGUCCAACGAGAAACCCUAGUUCAAGAAAGUAAUGAAUAUGGUGAUGUUGAGUGCAAGGGUUCGCCGAAGUUUAGCGUCCAACAAGAAAGUGCAGUUCCGAAAGAAUCUCUGAAACCGAAAGCCGAAGCCAAGAAUUUUGAUCUCAAUAUUGCCCUAAUUCCGGAAAGUAACGAAUACGGUGAUGUUGAGUGCAAGGGUUCGCCGAUAUGUAGUGUCGAACAAGAAACCCUAGUUGAUCAAGAAAGUGCAGUUCCGAAAGAAUCUCCGAAACCGAAAGCCGAAGACAAGAAUUUUGAUCUCAAUGCCAUACCGGAAAGCAGUGCUCAACAAGAUUCGGAGAGAAAUACUGGUUGCAUCAGCACCGACGUGAAGAGGAAAACGAGAAGCAAUAACAACCAGAAAAAAAACCCGGUUCCCAAGCUUACACUAGAAGAAGAAAAUCGGAGAUUACUUCAACUGCACGAGGAAAAGAACAAGAAAUUACUCGAAAAAGUGUGCAGUCACUGCGGAGUUCGGAACACACCGCAGUGGAGGGAGGGCCCACAAGGUCCGAAAUCGCUGUGCAAUGCUUGUGGGAUCAAAUUCAAGAAAGGGAGAUUGGUUGAGGCGUAUCGGCCUGCAGCAAGCCCGAGUUUCGAUGUUAACAAACAUUCUAAUUUUCAUCGGACAAUUAUGCACAUGAAGUCUCCCGAUGAAGAGUCUACAUCUCCAUGAACAAGUUGUGAAUACGCAGUUGCUUACAUAUUUUUUUGGGAAUUUAUUCAUUCAUUUGUAG